CCGAGGCACCGAGUGCACAGAACUGUAGACCAAGGAGCCAUGGAUACAAGCUUGGGUGAAACAGAAAAUGGAGAUGCUUUCCUUGACCUGAAGACGCAGCCGGCCUCCAAAUCCCCCCAUCGCUAUACAAAAGAGGCUCUUGAUAUUAAAGAAUGCCCUCAUUCCAAACACAGACCUUCGUGCCUCUCCGAGAAAUACGACAGUGAUGGUGUCCGGGACCCUGAGAAGUGGCAUGCCUCCCUCUAUCCAGCUUCAGGGAGGAGCUCACCAGUGGAAAAUCUGAAGAAAGAGUUGGAAACAGAUCGGCCUUCCCUGGUGCGCAGAAUAGUAGAUCCACGUGAGCGUGUGAAAGAAGAUGACUUAAAUGUUGUUCUCAGCCCACAGAGACGAAGCUUUGGAGGGGGCUGCCACGUGACGGCUGCUGUUAGCUCCCGGCGCUCAGGAAGCCCAUUGGAGAAAGACAGUGAUGGGCUCCGCCUGCUUGGCGGACGAAGGAUUGGCAGUGGGAGGAUAAUCUCUCGGACCUUUGAGAAGGAUCACCGUCUUAGCAAUAAGGACCUGCGAGACUUGAGAGACGGAGACCGAGAGAGGGACUACAAGGACAAGCGUUUCAGGAGGGACUUUGUGGAUAGUAAGCGCGUCUUUGGUGAGCGUAGAAGAAAUUAUUCCUACACAGAAGAAGAACCAGAAUGGUUCUCAGCUGGACCCACAAGUCAGUCUGAAACCAUUGAGCUGACUGGCUUUGAUAAUAAGAUACUGGAAGAAGAUCAUAAGGGGAGAAAAAGAACAAGGCGACGGACAGCCUCUGUGAAGGAAGGCAUAGCCAAGUGCAAUGGAGGAGUGGCCGCAGAGGAUGAGGGGGAGGCCAUCCUCGAACAGGAGCCUGCUGCUGAUCAGGAGGUGCCGAGGGAGGCCGUCUUGCCCGAGCAGUCCCCAGGAGAAUUUGACUUUAACGAGUUCUUUAACCUUGAUAAGUUGCCAUGCUUGGCUUCGAUGAUAGAAGAUGUUUUGGGAGAAGGGUCAGUCUCUGCCAGUCGGUUCAGUAGGUGGUUCUCUAACCCGAGCCGAUCAGGAAGCCGAUCCAGCAGUCUUGGGUCAACACCGCAUGAAGAACCAGAGAGACUUGCAGGUCUGGAACAAGCCAUCCUCUCUCCUGGACAGAACUCGGGGAAUUAUUUUGCUCCUAUACCAUUAGAAGAUCAUGCUGAAAAUAAAGUGGAUAUUCUAGAAAUGCUACAGAAAGCCAAAGUGGAUUUAAAACCUCUCCUUUCCAGCCUUUCUGCAAAUAAAGAAAAGCUUAAAGAGAGCUCACAUUCCGGGGUUGUGCUCUCAGUGGAAGAGGUAGAAGCAGGGCUCAAGGGCUUGAAGGUGGACCAGCAAGUAAAGAGUUCGACUCCCUUUAUGGCAGAACAUUUAGAGGAGACCCUGAAUACUGUGACCAGCAAUCAGCAGCUCAAAAAAGAUGGAGAUAUGACUGCAUUCAACAAGCUAGUGAGCACCAUGAAGGCAAGUGGGACUUUGCCUUCUCAGCCCAAAGUCAGCCACACCCUUGAAAGCCAUUUGAUGUCCCCUGCUGAGAUUCCAGGCCAGACUGUCCCUAAGAACAUCUUGCAGGAACUUCUGGGUCCACCUGUUCAGAGACCUCCUUCUUCCAAUCUUCUGAGUAGCCUUAUGGGGAGCUUGGAGCCUACGACACCUUUACUGGGCCAAAGAGCACCCUCUCCUCCCUUGUCACAGGUGUUUCAGACGAGAGCAGCCUCAGCAGACUACCUUCGUCCCAGAAUACCAUCACCAAUUGGUUUCACGCCAGGACCACAGCAGCUUCUCGGAGAUCCAUUCCAAGGCACGUGCAAGCCCAUGAGCCCUGUCACAGCCCAGCAGGUGAGCCAGCUAGACUUGCAACAGGCAGCUUUGGAGGGGCUGGCCCUGCCACAUGACCUUGCAGUGCAGGCAGCAAACCUCUACCAGCCUGGUUUUGGCAAACCACAGGUGGACAGAACCAGAGAUGGAUUCAGAAACAGGCAACCUCGAGUGACCAAGUCACCAGUACCUGUACACCGAGGGAAUUCCUCUUCCCCUGCCGUCUCCAUCACAAGCAUGCCUUCUCCUUCCUUCACUCCUACCUCAGUGAUUCGUAAGAUGUACGAGAGCAAAGAGAAAAGCAAGGAGGAGCCAGCAUCUGGAAAAGCAGCUCUUGGUGACAGUAAAGAGGACACUCAGAAGCCCAGUGAAGAGAACCUCCUGUCAUCCAACUCUGUGCCCACCGCUGAUCGGUCUUCUCCCACUACAAAUCCCAAACUGUCAACCCUACCGUGGUUUUCAUGUUCCACCCCACUAUCCCAGACCAAUCGUUACACCAAAGAACAAGAUUGUCGACCUAAAGCAACUGGGAGAAAAACACCCACCUUGGCAUCCCAAGUUCCAGGAACGCCUUUUCUCCGCCCUGUCCACCAGGUUCCCCUUGUCCCCCAUGUCCCCACCAUUUGGCCUGCUCACCAGCUUCACCCAGGGUUGGUCCAAAGGAUGCUGGCCCAGGGAGUACAUCCACAGCAUCUUCCAAGUUUGCUCCAGGCUGGUUUGCUUCCUCCUGGGAUGGACCUGACUCAUUUACAGGGAAUAUCUGGCCCAAUCCUGGGUCAACCUUUCUACCCUUUACCUGCCACUAGUCACCCUCUCCUAAACCCUCACCCUGGGACACCUCUGCAUCUGGCAAUGAUGCAACAGCAACUACAGCACUCAGUUCUUCAUCCUCCAGGCUCUGGUUCCCAGGCAGCUGCUGUCAGCGUUCAGACUCCUCAGAGUGUGCCCAGCCGGUCAGGCCUGCCCCAUGUGCACUCCUACCAGCUAGAGCACCACCCCAGCCAGAGGAGCAGCUCCCCAGUGGGCCUAGCCAAAUGGUUUGGCUCAGAUGUGCUACAGCAGCCCCUGCCCUCCAUGCCCGCCAAAGUCAUCAGUGUAGAUGAACUGGAGUACCGACAGUGAGCAGG